GGCGACACAACAAACACGGGCGCUGAUGAGUGCAGUUAUUUGUUGGAACCGGUGAGAGAGCAGAGAACCAGUGAGAGAAAUUGACACAGGACUGCGUCAAAUAAACUGACAUUGGAAAUGCAUCAUGUGCCUGGCAUUUGAGUCAUUGAACAUUAGCGAUGACUAAGACUAAGGUUCAAAUGUUCAUCGUGGUUUCAUAAUGCACGUCUGCAAAACAGUCAACUCUCAAUCGUUCUGAAUAUUUCCACAGCAGCGUCGUGUUGGAUUUUCGAAAAGAGACCGAACUGUAGGGCUUUUUGUUUAACUGAUUCUGAUUGAGUAUUACUAUCACAUGGUACUAUCACAUGGUGAGACCGUAGUGUAAGGACUUUGUUUACUGAUUCCGAAUGAGGAUUUCUAUGGCGAGGUGAGAUUCCCAAUUCGUCAUGAGUGACAGUCAUCGUCUGCGUCCAAAACUGCCGAUGGGAGAGGUUGAGCACGCUAACAUUCUGUCCCAGGAUAUCGGGAACCUGUUUGCCAAUGAAGACUACAGCGAUGUGACGCUGGUGGUUGAGGACAAAUACUUCCAUGCCCAUCGGGUCAUCCUGGCAGCAAGAUGCCAGUAUUUUAGGGCUUUACUUUUUGGUGGAAUGAAAGAGUCGGCCCCAGGUUGCAAUGAGAUCGAACUCCAAGACACAACGGCGCAGGCCUUCGAGGCUCUUCUGAAGUACAUCUACACGGGCAGGAUCAACCUCUUGGACCUCAAAGAAGACGUCCUCCUAGAUGUACUGGGCCUAGCCCACCAGUAUGGCUUCGUGGAUCUAGAGGGAUCCAUCUCGGACUACCUGAGAGCCAUCUUGAGCAUCCACAACGUCUGUCUGAUUUACGACGUGGCGAGUUUGUACACGCUGGACGCGCUGAAGGAGACGUGCUAUCACUUCAUUGAAGCCAACGCUGGGGACGUUAUGAACAGUGAAUCUUUCCUCUCGUUGUCCGAGAGCGCUUUAAAAGAAGUUAUAACCAGGGACUCCUUUUACGCUUCUGAAAUUGCAAUCUUCAAAGCGGUUCAAGCCUGGACUCGAGCUAACAAAGACAGUAACUUCAGUGAGAUCGCUAAGGCUAUCCGGCUUCCCCUGAUGACAAUGACGGAGCUGCUUAAUGUGGUCCGACCGACAAAACUGCUUAGCGCUGACGACAUCUUGGAUGCAAUAAAGGUCAAACAGGAAAGCCGAAAUGUGGACCUCAAUUUCCGAGGAGCUUUAGUACUUAACGAAAACAUCGCCACUGCAAAGUACAAUGCGGCCGUGACCAACGGUGACAUGCGAGCGUCGCUACUAGAUGGGGACUGUAUGAACUAUGACCUGGAUCGAGGGUUCACCAGACAUCCCAUCGAGGACACGGCCAAACCAGAAGGGAUUGUUAUAAAGCUCGGAAAACCAUCAAUCAUCAACAAGAUCAAACUUCUACUAUGGGAUCGCGACAUGAGGUCGUAUUCUUACUACAUUGAAGCUUCCAUUGAUGAGCAGGAUUGGGUGCGGAUUGUAGAUCAUUCACAAUACCUAUGCAGGUCCUGGCAGACGCUAUUCUUCCCACCUAGGGUCUGUAGGUAUGUUCGCAUUGUUGGAGUUCGUAAUACAGUCAACAAGGUUUUCCAUCUAGUCUCAUUCGAAUGCAUGUUCACAGACAAAACGCUACAACUGGAGAAGGGCCUUGUCGUACCGAAGGAGAGUGUAGCCACCAUCCAAGCCAGUGCUAGCGUUAUUGAAGGAGUGAGUCGCAGUCGGAAUGCUCUACUAAACGGUGAUACAAAAAACUACGAUUGGGACUCUGGUUACACAUGCCAUCAACUUGGAAGUGGGUCCAUAGUGGUACAGUUAGCACAGCCGUACGUCAUAGAUUGUAUGAGAAUGUUGCUUUGGGACUGUGAUGCUAGGACCUAUAGCUACUAUGUGGAAGUGUCUACAGAUCAGAACACUUGGGUCAAGGUUGCUGAUAAGACCAAGCAGGCUUGCAGGGGUUGGCAGUAUCUCACAUUUCAAAGGCAAGCCAUCACGUUUGUUAGAAUUGUUGGAACUCGCAAUACAGCCAAUGAGGUAUUCCACUGCGUUCAUUUUGAGUGCCCCGCCCAAUCAACUGUGGACACGCCCCCAGGGGAUGACAACCCACCUGCCCCAGAGGCUGCAGGCGGGGACAACAAUAACCCCCCUCAAGGGCUGUCGGGUCAACCUUCUUCAUCGCAAUCCAACCAACAUAGGAGUUUACAUCAAGGUAUAUAGGAGACACACAGGGACUUUCAUUGAAAAAAGAAAAAAAGGCCAAAAAUGGUUUAUGAAUACACUCCAACCUAAAUCUGUAAUGGUUAAGGAUUUGGGUACUUUUUGUAACACAAAACACAAUGUCCACAGAUUUACAUUAAACUUACACUGUUUGAAGAUAA